CCAAGAGUAAACCUUCAUUCGUCAAAACUUUCCUGUUGGAGCCACGUCUUGUGACUGUGGUAAAGCCUGCACUCAGAUGUCCCAGCUCGGCCAGCAGAGGGCCGCGAGUGGGGGGAGCCCCUUUGCCUGCGAGGUGUGCGGGAAGCUCUUCAGCCACAGGGCGGGCCUCGCCGAGCACGCGCGCUUCCACAGCCGGCAGAAGCCCUUUGAGUGCAGCGAGUGUGGGAAAGCCUUCAGCCAGAAGCAGUACGUGGUCAAGCACCAGAGCACGCACUCUGGGGAGAAGCUGUUCGCGUGCGCUGACUGCGGGAAGUCCUUCAGCCAGAAGGAGAACUUGCUCACCCACCAGAAGAUCCACACGGGCGAGAAGCCUUUCGAGUGCAAAGACUGCGGCAAGGCCUUCAUCCAGAAGUCCAACCUCAUCAGGCACCAGCGGACGCACACCGGGGAGAAGCCCUUCAUAUGCAAGGAGUGCGGCAAGACCUUCAGCGGCAAGUCCAACCUCACGGAGCACGAGAAGAUUCACGUCGGGGAGAAGCCCUUCAAGUGCGGCGAGUGUGGGACAGCGUUUGGCCAGAAAAAGUACCUCAUCAAGCACCAAAACAUCCACACGGGCGAGAAGCCCUACGAGUGCAACGAGUGCGGCAAGGCCUUCUCCCAGCGCACGUCGCUCAUCGUGCACGUGAGGAUCCACUCAGGCGACAAGCCCUACGAGUGCAACGUGUGCGGCAAGGCCUUCUCCCAGAGCUCGUCCCUCACCGUGCACGUGAGGAGCCACACGGGCGAGAAGCCGUACGGAUGCAACGAGUGCGGGAAGGCCUUCUCGCAGUUCUCCACCCUGGCCUUGCACCUCAGGAUCCACACAGGAAAAAAGCCGUACCAGUGCAGCGAGUGUGGCAAGGCCUUCAGCCAGAAGUCACACCACAUCCGACACCAGAAAAUCCACACCCACUGAAUGCUCUGAAUGCCUUCAACGCAGGCGAGCGGCCAUUAGUGAUUGCCAGGUCCCAGGGCAUCAU